AUGCCUCCUCUUCCCGUCGCGCCGGUCACUUCCUGGACUCCGCGCGUGGUCUGUUACUUCCAGACUUACCAUCACAACAAUGAGUACAUUUCACUACUACCCUUGAUAACUAAUCCUUCGGGUGUUACACAUGUUAUUCUUGCCGCCAUUCAUGUGAAUUGGGAUCCCAACCAUUUGACCCUCAACGACGAUCCCCCCGACCACGAAAAGUAUACGCAGUUAUGGGACGAGGUCGUGGUCCUGCAGGAUUCCGGGAUCAAGGUCUUGGGUAUGCUCGGGAGCGCGGCACGUGGAAGCUUUGCCAGGCUUGACUACAGUGAAUCGCGGACUGAUGUGCCUUUCGCGAGGUUCGAGGCCUACUAUAUCCCGCUUCGAGAUAUGAUCCGCAGAUACGGACUGGAUGGCAUCGAUUUGGACGUCGAGGAGGAAAUGUCUUUGCCUGGAAUCAUCCAUCUGAUUGACCGUCUGAGGAGCGAUUUCGGGCGCGACUUUAUCAUCACGCUGGCUCCCGUUGCCACAGCGCUUAUGGCAGGUAUGCCUCACUUGUCAGGCUUCGACUACCGUAUGCUUGAAGCUGCUCGUGGAAGCAGUAUUGCGUGGUACAAUGCGCAAUUCUACAAUGGCUGGGGUGGCCUACAUAACACAGACGCGUAUGACGAGAUCAUGCGCAAUGGAUGGCCGGCCGACAAAGUCGUUGCAGGCAUGCUGACGCACCCGAAGCACGGUGGAAGUGGAUACGUACCUCUCGAGCAGACGGCUGCCGUGUUGAGCUUGUUAACAGAGCGGUAUCCUACGUUUGGAGGCGUGAUGGGCUGGGAAUAUUGGGACGCUCUUCCACAGGAGAAAGAUUGCUGGAUGUGGGCAUAUUGUAUGAGAUUAUGCAUGGGCAUGAAAAAGUUAAGGGAUAUUGCUGUCAUGAUGCGUAUGGGCAGGCGUAUAGAGGCCUUGAAUAUGAACCGGUGA